AUGUCCAACUAUUCCAUGGAGCACUAUCUGUGCUCGGACAAAGGGUUACUUUUACCGGCCAUCAACGAGUACACGUGGAACAAGGGGACCCGGGCCUUCCUGUACUUGUUGGGGCUGCUGUGGUGUUUCUUGGGCAUCGCCAUCGCCUCGGACACCUUCAUGUGUGGCAUUGAACAUAUCACCAGCAAGACCCGACUCAUCUCCAUUCCUAACCCUGACGGCAACGGGGUCAAGGUCAUAGAAGUCAAGGUGUGGAACGACACGGUAGCCAACCUGACACUGUUGGCGUUCGGCACUAGUGCUCCAGAGAUCCUGCUGAGUGUGAUCGAGAUCUGCGGCCACGCCUUCGUGGCCGGGGAGCUGGGUCCCGGGACCAUUGUUGGAUCGGCUGCCUUCAACCUCUUCGUGAUUACAGCAGUCUGCAUCGUCUCCAUCCCUAAAGGAGAGACCAGGAGAAUCAAGAACCAUCUGGUGUUUGCUACCACAACCGCGUCUGGAAUAUUCGCCUACGUCUGGCUCAUUCUUGUCUUGGUUGUGAUAACACCUGAAGUGGUUGAACUAUGGGAGGCCAUUGUCACACUGUUGAUGUUCCCAAUGCUGAUUUUAUUGGCCUACGCCGCGGAUAAACGAAUCUGCUGGAGGCGCAGCCAGAUCUCUUCCGAGGUUGAGAUUGGCUUUAAUCUGGACAAGACUGGACCAGGGGUCAGUGGGACAGCAGAGAUUAUGGAAGUGGCCAGGGAGCUGGCAAAAGACCACAGGAUUAACGAAGAUGAAGCUGCGAGGGUAAUGGCGGCAAAGAUAGCGGAAGAAACGCCAAAACCUAGUGGGUGGUAUCGUGUUCAGGCGACCAGACUGCUAAGUGGGGGUGCUCGACUGAUUCCUAGAACAAGUAAAGAGUUUGAGCAGGUAAGCUGCUAUAUCUGCGCUAUUUCUAAAAUAUUUCUUUUACGCUCCAGAAUCGAAACAAUAGACGGAACAGCGGAAGCGGAAAGCGACUACAGACCAAUCAGACAGCUGCUAACAUUCAAGGCUGGGGAAAAGACGAAGGACAUCUAUAUAGAGAUCAUUAACGACGAUGUAUGGGAGCCCGACGAGUUCUUUUUCGUCAAGUUAUUUCAUCACCCAGCCGGUAGCACAGAAAACGAAGUUACCAUUGGCAAGCUGUCCAUAAACCAGGUUACCAUUGUGAACGAUGACGAGCCUGGCAGAUUGGAGUUCAGCAAACCUAGUUACAUAGUGAAGGAGAGCUCCGGCUCUGCCCAGCUGACCAUCAACAGAGUCAACGGGGCAGACGGCGAGGUGAAGGUCAGCUGGAAGACACAGGACCUCUCUGCCAGGUCAGGGCACGAUUACGUAGGAGCUGAGGGGACAGUGCUCUUUAAACAUGGGGAGACAAGCAAGAUCAUCUCUAUAGACAUACUUGGUAUCAGUGAACGGACUCACGAACCCAAUUUUCAGGUAGAGUUGAGGAAUGCGACAGGGGGCGCGCAGAUUGGCAGGAUCCCCAAAACUAUCGUUACAAUUAUCAACGAUGAAGAAUUCAACAAUAUGUUAUCUCGAAUCGCCAACAAGACGCAGAAAAAUCUGGACGGCCUCAAGCUGGACACAAGCACGUGGUCGCAGCAGUUUCGGAGGGCCAUGAACGUCAAUGGUGGAGAUCAAGAUGGAGCUACAUGCCUGGAUUAUGUCAUGCAUUUUAUGACGUUUUUCUGGAAAGUCCUGUUCGCCGUCAUCCCCCCGCCAUCCUACUGUGGGGGUUGGCUGACCUUCUGGUUGUCCCUGGCUGCCAUUGGCAUGGUCACCGCCAUCGUCAGUGACCUGGCUUCGGUCUUUGGAUGCCUGGUUGGACUGUCCGACUAUAUCACAGCGAUCACCUUCGUGGCCCUGGGUACUAGCAUGCCGGAUACGUUU